AUCCACUUCCUAACGUAACACAAGAAGCAGAAGCAGAAAGCAGAAGCAGAAAGCAGGAAGCAGCAGUUAAUCAGAUACCUCAAAAACCAUUCUAUCUCUCUUUUUUUGGUUUAAUUUGUCUCUUUCUCUCUCUUCCUCCUGUGCGCGAUCAAAGAUCUGUUGCUGAAAAGGAUGAAGAGAGUAAGAGAUGAUGUGUUCGGCGGCGCUCAAUUGAAGCGGCCCUCCGGUUCGUCGCGCGGGGACUCGCAAUCCCAGAUACCAGGGGGAGGAGGUGGAGGAGGGGGCGUUGGAGUAGGUGGAGGUGGGCCGAUUGGAGGAGUAGGAGGUGCUUCACAGAAAUUGACCACCAAUGAUGCUCUAACCUAUCUCAAAGAAGUGAAGGACAUGUUUCUAGACCAAAGAGAAAAAUACGAUACAUUUCUUGAGGUCAUGAAAGAUUUCAAGGCUCAAAGAACCGACACAGCAGGUGUCAUUGCAAGAGUAAAGGAAUUAUUUAAAGGGCAUAACAACUUAAUUUUGGGCUUUAAUACCUUCUUGCCGAAGGGUUAUGAGAUAACCCUUGAUGAAGAUGAGACUCCACCAAAAAAGACAGUUGAGUUUGAGGAAGCUAUCAGCUUUGUAAACAAGAUAAAGAAACGUUUCCAAAAUGAUGAUCAUGUCUAUAAAUCAUUCCUGGACAUACUAAACAUGUAUCGAAAGGAGCACAAGGAUAUAAAUGAAGUUUACAGUGAGGUUGCUGCUCUUUUUGAUGAGCAUCCAGAUUUGCUUGAUGAGUUCACCAGAUUUUUACCAGAUGCAUCAGCAGCAGCUUCAGCACAUCAAGCUCAAUACGGCCACAAUUCAUUUCCCCGUUUCAAUGAGCGAAGCUCUGCUACACCCACAUUUCGGCCAAUGCAUAUGGAGAAGCAACGUAGGAGGGAUAGGAUCAUGACACCCCAUGCUGAUCGCGAUCUUAGUGUUGAUCGUCCUGAGCUCGACGAUGACAAAGGAAUGGUGAAAGUUCCGAAGGAGCACAGAAAGCGUAGUGAAAAGGAGAAUAGGGAUAGAAGAAAUCGGGAUGAUGAUGAUAGAGAAUUAGAGAAUGAUAACAAUAGGGACUACAAAUUACAGCGUUUUCCUGACAAAAGAAAACCCUCCAGGAAGGUUGAAGGUUUUGGUGUGACUGCUAACUUCGCUCCUUAUGAUGACAAAGACUCCUUAAAGAGCAUGUACAGCCAGGGAUUCAUUUUCUGUGAGAAGGUGAAGGAGAGGUUGUGUAGUCAAGAUGACUACCAGGCAUUUUUGAAGUUGCUUAACAUUUAUAGCAACGGAAUUAUUAAAAGGAAUGAUCUGCAAGGUUUGGUGACUGAUUUAUUGGGAAAGUAUUCAGAUCUUAUGGAGGAGUUUAAUGAUUUUUUGGAGCGUUGCGAGAAUAUAGAUGGGUUCCUUGCUGGUGUUAUGAGUAGAAAAUCUCUGAGUAGUGAUGGUCCUGUUCCUUCAUCUAGAUCGCUGAAGGUAGAGGACAAAGAUAAAGAGCCAAAGCGUGAAAUGGAGGGAGCUAAAGAAAAGGAAAGAUACAGGGAGAAGUAUUGGGCAAAAUCUAUUCAAGAGCUUGACCUCUCUAACUGUGAACGUUGUACUCCAAGCUAUCGGCUUCUGCCUGAAGACUAUCCAAUACCUUCAGCAAGCCAGAGAUCAGAACUUGGUGCUCAGGUUCUGAAUGACCAUUGGGUAUCUGUGACUUCAGGAAGUGAAGAUUACUCUUUCAAACAUAUGCGCAGAAAUCAGUAUGAAGAAAGUCUGUUCAGAUGUGAGGAUGAUAGGUUUGAGUUGGAUAUGUUGUUAGAGUCGGUGAGCUCAACUGCUAAGCGAGCAGAGGAACUCUUGAACAGCAUCAACGAAAAUAAGAUCAGCAUGGAAACUGGAAUCCGUAUUGAAGACCACUUCACUGCUUUAAACUUAAGGUGCAUUGAACGUUUAUAUGGUGACCAUGGUCUUGAUGUGAUGGACAUACUGCGGAAAAAUCCAACUCUGGCUUUGCCUGUUGUAUUAACUCGCCUGAAGCAGAAACAAGAUGAAUGGACAAGGUGUAGAUCUGAUUUUAACAAGGUUUGGGCAGAUAUAUAUGCCAAAAACCAUUACAAAUCACUUGAUCACCGGAGCUUCUAUUUCAAGCAACAAGAUUCCAAGAACUUGAGUAGCAAAUCUUUGGUGGCUGAGAUCAAGGAAUUGAAAGAGAAAAAGCAGAUAGAGGAUGAUAUCCUUCUGGCUGUUGCUGCUGGAAACAGGCAAUCUAUAGUUCCACAUAUGGAGUAUGAAUACUUAGAUAUGAGCUUACAUGAAGACUUGUAUAAACUUGUCCAAUAUUCAUGUGAAGAGGUUUUCUCAACGAAAGAACAAUUAAAUAAGGCUAUGAGACUUUACACUACCAUUUUGGAGCCAAUGUUGGGUGUUUCUUCUCGACCCAACGAUUCAGAGGAUGAUGAAGAUGUCGACAAAAGUAGGAAUCAGGCUAAGAAUUGUACUGCAUCGAGCAUAGGAGAAAGCGAUGGAAGUCCUGGUGGCGAUUCUGCCACAGUAAAUCUUAAGCAGCCCAAAUCUGUGUGUAAUGAAGAAGGAAAUGCUUUAGCAGAAGUUGAAAGUUUGGCUAAUGGGGAUAACUCAGCUAAAGAAGAUGGAAGUCGUGAUGCACAUCCUGUCUCUAGGAAAGAUUCCACAUCUGAGAAACUUCAACUAGAGAGAGACCAGAAGAGUACAGAUGUCCCUAAGAAAAGGUGUCUGGUCACCAACACAGACAAUGCAUGGCCGUCCAGUCAACCAUCACAUCCAAUUGGAGCAGAUAAUAAUCAUGGUAGAACGAGCUUGGAAGUGUUAUCAGGGUGUGUUGCAACCACGUCAAGGGCUGGUGCCUCUAUUAGUGGCAAUGACCCUUUACAGCAAGGAAAUGCUGAUGCUGUUCCGUCAUCAGAGGGUGGUGAUAUUGCAAAACCUGCUUUAAAUGCUAAUGGAGUAUUUCCAGAAAGCACUAUAGUUAAAAGUCAUCAUGAAGAGUCUCUUGGGCCCUCCAAAAUUGAAAAGGAAGAGGGGGAAUUAUCACCAAUUGCUGACUUUGGGGAGGAUAACUUUGUUGUCCCUGGAGAUGCUGGGGUGCAAGCUCUGCCUAAGGCAAACCGCAGUAUUGAAAGUAGACCGUUUCAGUCUGGGAAUAGGGAAGACAUUAGUGGUCGGGAAGCUGGAGACAAUGAUGCAGAUGCAGAUGAUGAAAACAGCGAAAAUGUUUCCGAGGCUGGUGAAGAUGUCUCUGGCAGUGAGACAGCUGGUGAUGAAUGUUCCCGAGAUGAGCAAGGUGAUGAAGAUGCUGAACAAGAUGACAUUGAUGGUAAGGCUGAGAGCGAAGGUGAGGCUGAAGGGAUGGCUGAUGGACAUCUUGUUGGAGGAGAUGGAAUGUGUUCGCCGUUGUCCGAAUGUUUUCUUUUAUCUGUGAAACCUCUUGCGAAGCAUGUACCAGGUUCUUUACUUGAAGAAAGGAAAGACUCUCGUGUUUUCUAUGGGAAUGAUAAUUUCUAUGUGCUUUAUAGGCUUCAUCAAGUUCUAUAUGAAAGGAUUUUAUCUGCAAAAACAAGUUCCACAGGUGCAGAAAUGAAAUGGAGAACUUUGAAGGAUGGCAGCUCUCCGGAUCUGUAUGACAGAUUUAUGAGUGCUCUAUACAAUUUGCUUGAUGGAUCUGUUGAUAACGCAAAAUUUGAGGAUGAAUGCCGAGCCAUUAUUGGAAACCAGUCAUAUAUAUUAUUCACCUUGGACAAAUUAAUAUAUAAAUUCGUCAAACAGCUUCAAACUGUUGCAAGUGAUGAGACUGACAAUAAGCUGCUUCAAUUAUAUGAAUAUGAAAAGUCCCGGAAAACUGGGAAGUUAAUUGAUUCUGUUUACCAUGAAAACGCACGUGUCCUCAUUCAUGAGGAGAAUAUUUACAGAUUGGAGUUUUCCUCUGCCCCCUCCCGACUGUCCAUCCAGCUGAUGGACAGUGUGAGUGAAAAGCCCGAGGUGUUUGCAGUUUCUAUGGAACCGAAUUUUGCAUCCUAUCUGCACAAUGAAUUUCUGCCGGUUUUUCCUGGAAAAAAGGAGCCGCAUGGGAUUACCCUUCAGAGAAACAAGCGCAAAUAUGCAGGGCAAGAUGAAUCCUCUGCCUUUUGCAGGGCCAUGGAUGGUGUUCAGUUAGUCAAUGGUUUGGAGUGCAAGAUAGCUUGCAACUCAUCCAAGAUCUCUUACGUUCUUGACACAGAAGAUUACUUCUUCCGUAUGAGAAGGAAAAGGAGAACAUCUGAGGCCAGAUCACCGAAUUGUGAUCAGACGAGAGUACAGCGGUUCCACAAAUUCUUAUCAGUCUCAUCAUAGCUUAGAAGGAAAUUCCUUUGAGAUUGGGAAGCUAAAGGAGUCAUCUACUCGAUUUCUGAGACUGGAGAAGGAUGAUGGCGGUCCUGGACACGUAGAGCAUGUCCGGGUCAGGAGAUCGGCCUAGGAGCCAUUGUUGUGUAUAUAAGGUUGGUGUAUGAUAAUUUCGUAGAAAAAGGUAUUUAAGUUAUAGUUCUUGAUCUUUGUCAUAGAUAGGAUAUUUUCUUCCCCACUUCCAUAAGCACACUUAGUGUAACAAAUUGAUCAAAUAGCAGAAAAGCGCGCGUGUUUUAACAGAUCCCGAGCCUUCUUUGCGGUCUCAUACCAGCAUUUUGCAGGCAUUACUGCAUCAUUGUUCUUUUCCACCGUAAGAUUAUGUUAGUUUUAUACAACAGAUUCUUUAAAUUUCAGUGUAAAGUAGUGUGAUAAGAUAUCCAUCUGUAAUAGUUUACAACUGUUCGCGUUCUUCGUCGAGAACUCUUUUUGCUCUGGAAAA